GCCCUGAGCUGCGCGUCUUCAGCCGCAGCGGGUUCAGAAGUGGAUUUGGGUGCCUGAGGUGAGACCUGGGAGCCCAACAGGCGCAGGAGUCGGAGCUUCAACAGGUCGCGGGGAUCUGAAAGCGGUCGCCUCCCUCCCCGCAGGAUGCUGCUGCCGCUGCUGCUGCCUCCGCGGAUGCUGCGGGGCGCUGCGGCGAGACAGGUCGCUCCGAGGCGCGCGUGCAGCUCAGCGGCGCAUGCGCAGAUGAAACCCAAAAAGACAAAGUUUGGUCCUCUGAGUGAUCAGGACCGGAUAUUUACUAACCUUUACGGCCGGCAUGAUUGGAGGCUCGAAGGAGCACUCAAAAGAGGAGACUGGUAUAAGACCAAAGAGAUAAUCCUGAAAGGACCCGAGUGGAUCCUGAACGAGGUGAAGGUCUCUGGUCUCAGAGGCAGAGGGGGUGCAGGAUUCCCCACCGGGAUGAAGUGGAGCUUCAUGAACAAACCCAGUGACGGCAGGCCCAAGUACCUGGUAGUGAAUGCAGACGAGGGGGAACCUGGGACGUGUAAAGACCGAGAGAUCCUGCGUCACGACCCCCACAAGCUCAUCGAGGGCUGCCUUGUUGCUGGAAGAGCCAUGGGGGCUCAGGCGGCGUACAUCUAUAUCAGAGGAGAGUUUUACAACGAGUCAUCAAAUCUGCAGGUGGCUAUUAAUGAGGCAUACAAGGCCAGGCUGAUUGGGAAGAAUGCCUGUGGCUCAGGGUAUAACUUUGAUGUGUUUGUGAUGCGCGGGGCCGGCGCUUACAUCUGCGGAGAGGAGACGGCGCUCAUCGAGUCUCUUGAGGGCAAGCAAGGCAAACCUCGUCUAAAGCCGCCUUUCCCUGCAGACAUAGGAGUCUUUGGAUGCCCAACAACAGUGGCCAACGUGGAGACCAUUGCUGUGGCGCCUGCGAUCUGUCGCCGUGGCGGAGCUUGGUUUGCCAGCUUUGGGAGGGAGAGGAACUCUGGGACGAAGCUGUUCAACAUCUCGGGUCACGUCAACUUCCCUUGCACCGUGGAGGAAGAGAUGUCGAUUCCUUUGAGAGAGCUCAUCGAGAGACACGCAGGGGGAGUGAGGGGAGGCUGGGGCAAUCUAUUAGGAGUGAUCCCAGGAGGGUCCUCCACUCCCAUCAUCCCUCAGCAUGUAUGCAGCGACGUCCUGAUGGAUUUUGAUGAUCUGGUCCGCGCGCAGACGGCUCUGGGAACUGCAGCGGUUAUAGUCAUGGACAAAUCGACAGACGUGAUUCGAGCUGUUGCACGUUUGGUUGAGUUUUAUAAGCACGAGAGUUGUGGCCAGUGCACCCCCUGCAGGGAAGGAGUGGACUGGAUGGACAAAAUGAUGUGGCGGUUUGUGCGAGGAGACGCAGCCGUGUCAGAAAUUGACAUGAUCUGGGAGCUCAGCAAACAGAUCGAGGGUCACACUAUAUGUGCCCUGGGAGACGGAGCCGCUUGGCCUGUUCAGGGUCUAAUACGCCACUUUCGGACGGACAUGGAAAACCGCAUUGCUCAGCAUAAAGAGAAAAAUCCUCCAAGGAAGCAGGAGAUUGAGAUGAUCUGAACUGGGAAGUUUCCUGCAUUUUAUCCAACACAAUAAUACAACAAAUCUAAGUUAUACAUUAUUUUGGAAGCUAAAAGCUUUAGGAAACUAUUGAAUUCAGCCAUUUUCUGAAACAUAUGACAUUUAGUUCCUUAUCUGUUUAUUGAAAUCCAAUAAACACAGACUCAAUCACCCCAAUAAAUUAGGUUUAUUUCAUAAAAG